CAAAAUGAAUAGAGUUUGCUUCGUACUAGGUCUACUUUGGCUGGGCCAAAUUUAUUUAGCCUGUGGAGAAAUUGGAAAUUUUACUGAUAUAACUGAGUAUAGUUCGAAGAAUGAGGAGUUCCAGUCCUGUGAGCAGUAUUACUCAUCCUGCACAGAGAUUAAUCCCAGUGUAAGCGGAGUUUACAAGAUCAAAGUGGGUAACGAUGUCUUCGAUGUCUAUUGCGAUUCGACCAUUGCCGGCAAGGGUUGGACAGUCAUCCAGCGAAGAGUCAGUGACGAAGUGAACUUUUAUCGCAAGUUUUCAUCCUAUGAGGAGGGUUUCGGUGACCUGAACGGGAGCUUCUGGCUGGGCCUGGAUAAAUUAAAUAAAAUAACGUCGUCGGAGUCCCACGAGCUGUAUGUUCAUCUGGAGGAUUUUAACGGAGAAACGGCAUUCGCUCGUUACAGCCUCUUUAAAGUGGGAGAUGUCUAUAGUCAGUACACCCUAAAGUCACUGGGAACGUACCAAGGAACCGCCGGAGAUGGCCUGACUUACCAUCUCAACCAGCCUUUCAGCACAUUUGACAGAGAUAACACCGGAUGUGCGAAGUCUCGAUUUGGAGCUUGGUGGUAUAAAAGUUCCAAUACAGUAAUUUAAAUGCCCUUUAUUUGAGUGGUGCUUUUGACAGUAAACUGGAACACUGUGGCGUAGUUUGGUAUAACUGGAAAGGCGACCGAUAUAGCCUAAAAACUGUUAACAUGAUGGUGCGGCCACGACUAUAACACUGAAAUAGACGACGAUUAAAGCUAAAAGUUCUAUGGUUUCUUAUCCCCCUAUGUUGAAUAAAAAUAUAAGAUACCGUUCUCUGCACAUA